AUGGCAACUGUUAAGGGAAAACAAGACGUCCACUCAUAUCAUCAAAUGGAUAGGGAAAUGUACUCUCGACUUGUAAUCAAACUAUGUCGAGACCCUUUUCGUUGCAUGGAUAUUAUAGCAUUGUGGAUGUGUGUAGAACAUGUUAGUUAUCCAAAUUUUGUUCUAAAAAUAAUGAAGUUAAAAGAGAGUGUACUGAAUACGGCCGCGGACGAAGCAAUUCUGAUACUAGAUUGCAUUACAUCAAAGACACCACCGCCUAAGUUGAAGACCAAGAAGGUGAUUCCAUAUACGCUGAGUUUAACGAGCAACAAAGAAAUCUCGUUGGCCAACUUGUAUGAGUGUAAGGGUCGGGUGAUAAGUGGAAUUACUCAGAAAGUGGAUGAAGUAUGUAUUAAGGCUUUCUAUGAUAUCUUACAGAAGGCAUUGGAAAAGAACCCCAAGUUUCGCCAUCAACCUACCGGGGGUCUGAACUUCGGUGCAGAUAAAUAUAGAAGUGAGUUGGCCUCACUCAUUAAUGUCUCAGCAUCAAGUUCAAGCACAAAGGAUGCUUCGAAUGUGUCAGCAUCAAGUUCAACCACAAAUAAUGCUUCGAAAGGUGAGAAAAGAACGAUGUUCGUCACAUUUUCCCAGGGGUUUCCUACAUCUGACCAGGAGUUAAUCGAAUACUUUGUUGGACUAUAUGGCAAUUGCGUUGAAAGGGUACAUCUGCAGGAAAAGAAGCAGCCCCUGCAUGCUCGUGUUGUGUUUUCUUCUUCUUCGACGAUUAAGAAAUUCCUUGGUGGUCAGGAAAAGGUUAAGUUUACCAUUAAUGGAAAGCAACUAUGUGCACGACGUUACCUAGCAAAAUGA